CCGGUAUUGUUAAGUUUGUAGGUAAAGAUUAGGUAUCGAACCUACAUUAUAAUAUUUUCUAGACUCGAGCUGCAAGGGCAGACCCGGGAUAAAUACCUAUGUAAAUCCUAUCAUUUAUGUUAAUAAUGGAAUACGGGUAAAGUGGUUGAUAGGCCUAGUCUUACGUUACAGACCUGAUGAUAUUUAUGUUAAUAGGCUACGGUAUGUCAACAGACAGAUGGACCCAAUCAAAUAAAGAAAUACCAGAAUACACUGUGUCAAUAUUCAAAUAUUUUUUAAAUGGAUGCUUUUGCUCAACGAUCAGAGAGUCAGGAGAGGAUUACGUUAACCUUAAGUUAAAUUAUCAACAUUGAAUGCUGGAAUGUGAAGUGCAGAAGUGUGUGAAAACUGAAAAAUAUUACUCUACUUUGUACUUGGUGACUGGUGUAGGAACUAUCACUCAGACUCCUGGACUCUGGACUUUGUCAGUAAUGAUCAAUAAUCUAUCAAGUUUUAUUGAUUUCACUGUAGUACCUACUGUAAAGCAUUUGUUUAACUUAUUGAAUUAUCGAUUUUGCUCUUCUUUUAAAAAAACAAGUAUUACUGUGUUAAGAUAAAAGUAGAUGAAAGAUGUUCCAGAAAAUUUCAAUUUGUAUUUCUAAUGUGAACUGUUUUUUUUACUCAAAUCGAUUAAUUCCCAGCAAAAUCUGCGCCAUUACAGCAUUACUUGCCUAUUAAAUUUGAGAGAAAUGGCUCGCUGUCCACCUGAUUGCAAAGUUUAUGUUGGAAAUCUUGGACAAAACGGUUCAAGAGAUGAAUUGGAACGAGAGUUCGGUCGUUACGGAAAAUUAAGAAAUGUGUGGGUUGCUCGAAAUCCUCCAGGGUUUGCUUUUGUUGAAUUUGAAAACCCACGAGAUGCGUCAGAUUCUGUGAAAUCAUUGGAUGGAAGAACGAUAUGUGGUGAACGUGCAAGAGUGGAAAUUGCAAAGGGACAACAAGGUGGUGGCCGAGGACGAGGUGGUCGUGGAAGAUUUGGAGGCAGGGGAGGAUUUGGUGGAGGGGGUGGAAGAGAUGGUUAUCGAGAUGGUGGACAUCGGGGACACAAUGACUACAAUACAUCUUAUAGAAGAAGGUCAAGGAGUCCGAGAAGAUAUUCAAGGAGCAGAAGUCGCAGUAGAGAUAAUGAUGAUAAUCACAGAUCUAAGGAUGGUAGUGCAUCCCCAAGGAGUCGCAGCAGUACACCAAAGCAGUACCGAAAUAAGAAUAGCAGGGAUUCUAGAUCGCCAUCUCCUGUCAACAACAGGGACAAGUCGGUAAGCCCAGAACCAAGGAAGCGAAGGAGUAGCAGUAGAUCAUCAGACCGUGACUAAAAGUUACUUUUGUUCCAGUAGUUGGUGCACAAAAACUUUGAGAAAUUUGAACAUUUUUGAAGAUGGAAUUUCUGAAAUUUUUAAGAUGUCCAUGUGAAUUUUAAUUGUUUUGUAUCUAUGGAUAUUGUUAGUAUUUUAUUCUGAUACUUGUCCAUUUUGUCCCUAGCUUAGCUUAAUUUCUGGAUUUUUAAAUGAUCUUUUACCAUAAAAUGACUGUUUUCAUUCUGUUUUUAUUUCUCCGGCAAUGAUUUCGACUAGCCAGUAUAUGUAUGAUGUCAGCAGAUGGAAACAACAGGACGAGAUUUUGACACUGCCAAGAUAUAAAAUACUACAAUAUCAUCUGUAUCUUGGAAAUAAAAAUACACAUUCUAAA